AAACGAUCAAAUCCAUACAACUCCAUUUGUCUCAGAACCAACAAUGGCGAACAAAGAAGCUUCGAAGCCGAGAGAUGAAGCAGAUGAAAAUGGGAAUUCAAACGCUAUCAGAGUCUGCGGCAUGCAAUUCGCGUACGAGGGAGAGCCACCGCUCUUCGCGGACUUCAACCUCGAGCUCCCACCCGGAUCCCGAUGCCUUCUCGUCGGUGCCAAUGGAUCUGGGAAGACCACUUUGCUGAAGAUUCUUGCGGGUAAGCAUAUGGUAGGAGGAAGAGAUGUGGUACGCGUGCUGAGUCGGUCGGCUUUUCAUGACACCCAGUUGGUGUGUGGUGGCGACUUAGCUUAUUUGGGAGGAUCUUGGAGUAAAACCGUUGGCUCUGCUGGUGAGAUUCCACUUCAGGGUGAUUUUUCUGCCGAACAUAUGAUAUUUGGAGUUGAAGGGACUGACCCUGUUAGGAGAGACAGUUUGAUUGAGCUACUUGAUAUUGACCUGCAAUGGAGAAUGCACAAGGUAUCUGAUGGGCAGAGGCGUCGAGUCCAAAUUUGCAUGGGUCUUCUUCAUCCUUUCAAGGUCCUUUUGCUAGAUGAGGUUACUGUUGACCUGGAUGUUGUUGCUAGACUGGACUUACUUGACUUCUUUAAGGAAGAAUGUGAUCAGAGAGGAGCCACGGUAGUAUAUGCAACACAUAUUUUUGAUGGUCUAGAGACAUGGGCGACGCAUUUGGCAUACAUCCAAGAUGGAGAGUUGAGGAGGACAGAGAAGUUAUCAGAGGUUAAUGAAUUGAAGAAUUCAGCCAAUCUGCUUUCGGUGGUUGAGGCCUGGCUCCGUGCUGAAACCAAGCGUGAGAAGAAGAAACCCAUUAACCCUCCUGCCCAAGUCCAGAAGACCUCUCCUUCUGGUGCUUCUCCUUUUAUGUCAUCCAGACACAUGGCAUACUACCGUUAGUCUUGCUGAAGUUUAUUCUUUUUAUUAUGAAUCAAAUAAACCUCACAAAAUAUUUGAUAGGGAUUUACAUUUAAAGCCAAAUGUACAAGAAAAAUGAGAAAAGCUUUUAGGUGAUAAAAAGAAGUGAUUGUGGUACUUCUCAUUAGCUUGAAAUAGAAAUCAAGGAUAGCAGUAAAUGCUAGCUAUUGAAUUUGUUGGCAAGAUGGUGAAGCCAUAAUGUUCUGCUGCUGGCAGAUGAUGUAGUAAAUAAACGUGUUAAUUAUAUUGGGCUAUAUCCAUUUGUUUUUCUUUUUGUUCUUUGAGAAUUUGUUGUGACAUGAUGAUAUCAUUAAGCAAGAAAUUUAUUUGUGGUUUCUCCUUCA